CGCCCGCCGGCGGAUGCGCGCACGAGGAAUGAAGCAUGGAUGUGAAGGAGCGGAGGCCCUACUGCUCGCUGACCAAGAGCCGGCGAGAGCGAGAGCGGCGGCACACCAACUCCUCGGCCGACAACGAGGAGUGUAGGGUGCCCACGCAGAAGUCCUACAGCUCCAGCGAGACCCUGAAAGCCUUCGAUCACGACUCCUCGCGGCUGCUUUACGGGAACAGAGUCAAGGAUCUGGUGCACCGCGAGGCGGAUGAGUACGGCAGACAAGGACAGAAUUUUACCCUAAGGCAGUUAGGAGUUUGUGAACCAGCAACUCGAAGAGGACUGGCGUUUUGUGCGGAAAUGGGGCUGCCCCACAGAGGUUACUCUCUCAGUGCAGGGUCAGACGCUGAUACUGAGAACGAAGCGGUGAUGUCCCCAGAGCAUGCCAUGAGACUGUGGGGCAGGGGGGUCAAGUCAGGCCGCAGCUCCUGCUUGUCCAGCCGGUCCAACUCAGCCCUCACCCUGACAGACACGGAGCACGAGAACAAGUCGGACAGCGACACUGAGCAACCUGCAAACAACCAAGACCAGUCCGCCCUGCAGCCUUUGCCACCCUCGCACAAGCAGCACUCCGCACAGCAUCAUCCAUCCAUCACUUCUCUCAAUAGAAACUCCCUGACGAAUAGAAGGAACCAGAGUCCGGCCCCGCCGGCUGCUUUGCCCGCCGAGCUGCAAACCACACCCGAGUCCGUCCAGCUGCAGGACAGCUGGGUCCUUGGCAGUAAUGUACCACUGGAAAGCAGGCAUUUCCUAUUCAAAACAGGAACGGGGACCACGCCACUGUUCAGCACUGCAACCCCGGGAUACACAAUGGCUUCGGGCUCUGUUUAUUCGCCGCCUACUCGGCCACUGCCUAGAAAUACCCUAUCAAGAAGUGCUUUCAAAUUCAAGAAGUCCUCCAAGUACUGCAGCUGGAAGUGUACCGCGCUGUGUGCGGUCGGGGUCUCCGUGCUCCUCGCUGUGCUCCUGGCCUAUUUCAUAGCGAUGCAUCUGUUUGGCCUCAACUGGCAGCUGCAGCAGACUGAAAACGACACGUUCGAGAACGGGAAGGUGAACUCCGACGCUGUGCCCACGCACACGGGGCCCCUGCCCGCCGGCGACAGCGGAAAAUUAGGUGGAUUCACACAAGAAAAUAACACCAUAGAUUCCGGAGAACUUGAUAUUGGCCGAAGAGCAAUUCAAGAAGUUCCUCCUGGGGUCUUCUGGAGAUCACAGCUCUUUAUUGAUCAGCCGCAGUUUCUCAAAUUCAAUAUCUCUCUUCAGAAGGAUGCAUUGAUUGGAGUGUAUGGCCGAAAAGGCUUACCACCUUCCCAUACUCAGUACGACUUCGUGGAGCUGCUGGAUGGCAGCAGGCUGAUCGCCAGAGAGCAGCGGAACCUUCUGGAGUCCGAACGGGCCGGGCGGCAGGCGCGGUCCGUCAGCCUGCACGAGGCCGGCUUCAUCCAGUACUUGGACUCGGGAAUCUGGCACCUGGCCUUUUACAACGACGGGAAGAACACGGAGCAGGUGUCCUUCAACACCAUCGUGAUAGAGUCGGUGGUGGAGUGCCCCCGGAAUUGCCAUGGAAAUGGAGAGUGUGUUUCCGGAACGUGCCACUGUUUUCCAGGAUUCCUGGGUCCCGAUUGUUCAAGAGCAGCCUGCCCGGUGCUGUGCAGCGGCAACGGCCAGUACUCCAAGGGCCGCUGCCUGUGCUUCAGCGGCUGGAAGGGCACGGAGUGCGACGUGCCCGCCACGCAGUGCAUCGACCCGCAGUGUGGGGGUCGUGGGAUUUGCAUCAUGGGCUCUUGUGCCUGCAACUCAGGGUACAAAGGAGAAAAUUGUGAAGAAGCUGACUGUCUAGACCCUGGCUGUUCUAACCAUGGUGUAUGCAUCCAUGGGGAAUGUCACUGCAGCCCAGGGUGGGGUGGCAACAACUGUGAAAUCCUGAAGACCAUGUGUGCGGACCAGUGUUCUGGUCAUGGGACAUAUCUUCAAGAAAGUGGCUCCUGCACGUGUGACCCCAAUUGGACCGGCCCAGACUGCUCAGAUGAAAUCUGCUCCGUGGACUGCGGCUCCCACGGCGUCUGCAUGGGGGGCACGUGCCGCUGCGAAGAGGGCUGGACCGGCCCAGCCUGCAGCCAGAGAGCCUGCCACCCGCGCUGCGCGGAGCACGGGACCUGCAAGGACGGCAAGUGCGAAUGCAGCCAGGGCUGGAACGGAGAGCACUGCACCAUCGCUCACUAUUUGGAUAAGAUAGUGAAAGACAAGAUAGGAUAUAAAGAGGGCUGUCCCGGUCUGUGCAACAGCAAUGGCAGGUGUACGCUGGACCAGAACGGCUGGCAUUGUGUGUGCCAGCCAGGGUGGAGAGGAGCAGGGUGCGACGUGGCCAUGGAGACCCUCUGCACAGACAGCAAGGACAACGAAGGAGAUGGGCUCACGGACUGCAUGGACCCGGACUGCUGUUUACAGAGCUCCUGCCAAAGCCAGCCGUACUGCCGUGGCUUGCCCGACCCGCAGGACAUCAUCAGCCAAAGCCUCCAGUCACCGUCCCAGCAAGCUGCCAAAUCCUUCUACGAUCGCAUCAGUUUUCUUAUAGGGUCUGAGAGCACCCAUGUCCUACCCGGGGAGAGUCCUUUCAAUAAAAGCCUUGCAUCGGUCAUCAGAGGUCAAGUACUAACUGCCGAUGGAACUCCACUUAUUGGAGUAAAUGUCUCCUUUUUCCAUUACCCAGAAUAUGGACAUACUAUUACCCGGCAGGAUGGAAUGUUUGACUUGGUGGCGAAUGGUGGGGCCUCUCUCACUUUGGUAUUUGAACGCUCCCCAUUCCUCACUCAGUACCAUACGGUGUGGAUUCCCUGGAAUGUCUUUUAUGUGAUGGAUACCCUGGUCAUGAAGAAAGAAGAGAAUGACAUCCCCAGCUGCGAUCUGAGCGGAUUUGUGAGGCCAAAUCCUAUCAUCCUGUCAUCGCCUUUGUCCACCUUUUUCAGAUCUUCUCCUGAAGACAGUCCCAUCAUCCCCGAGACACAGGUCCUCCACGAGGAAACCACGAUUCCAGGGACAGACCUGAAACUGUCCUACUUCAGCUCCAGAGCGGCCGGAUAUAAGUCAGUUCUCAAGAUCACCAUGACCCAGGCCGUCAUCCCCUUUAAUCUGAUGAAGGUUCACCUCAUGGUGGCUGUCGUUGGAAGGCUCUUCCAGAAGUGGUUUCCUGCCUCGCCGAACUUGGCCUACACCUUCAUAUGGGAUAAAACAGAUGCGUAUAAUCAGAAGGUCUAUGGUCUAUCCGAAGCUGUCGUGUCAGUUGGAUACGAGUAUGAGUCGUGCUUGGACCUGACUCUGUGGGAAAAGAGGACGGCCGUCCUGCAAGGCUACGAGCUAGAUGCUUCCAACAUGGGCGGAUGGACACUGGAUAAACACCAUGUGUUGGAUGUUCAGAAUGGUAUUCUGUACAAGGGAAAUGGGGAAAACCAGUUCAUCUCCCAGCAGCCCCCCGUGGUCAGCAGCAUCAUGGGCAAUGGGCGCAGGCGCAGCAUCUCGUGCCCCAGUUGCAACGGGCAGGCGGACGGCAAUAAACUGCUGGCCCCCGUGGCGCUGGCCUGUGGCAUCGACGGCAGUCUGUACGUGGGGGAUUUCAACUACGUGCGCCGAAUAUUCCCUUCGGGAAAUGUGACCAGUGUGCUGGAACUGAGCAGCAACCCAGCCCAUAGAUACUACCUGGCAACCGACCCCGUCACAGGAGACUUGUACGUUUCGGACACUAACACCCGCCGGAUUUACCGCCCAAAGUCGCUGACGGGGGCCAAGGACUUGACGAAAAAUGCUGAAGUGGUCGCGGGGACCGGGGAGCAGUGCCUUCCAUUCGAUGAAGCCAGGUGUGGGGACGGGGGGAAGGCCGUGGAAGCCACCCUCAUGAGUCCCAAAGGAAUGGCGAUUGAUAAGAAUGGAUUAAUCUACUUUGUUGAUGGAACCAUGAUCAGAAAAGUUGAUCAAAACGGAAUCAUCUCGACUCUCCUGGGCUCUAAUGAUCUGACGUCAGCCAGACCUUUAACCUGUGACACAAGCAUGCACAUCAGCCAGGUGCGUCUGGAAUGGCCCACCGACCUCGCCAUCAACCCUAUGGACAACUCCAUUUUUGUGCUGGACAAUAACGUCGUUUUGCAGAUCACCGAAAACCGACAAGUGCGCAUCGCGGCCGGACGGCCCAUGCACUGCCAGGUCCCAGGAGUGGAGUAUUCCGUGGGGAAGCACGCGGUUCAGACGACGCUGGAAUCCGCCACUGCCAUUGCCGUGUCCUACAGUGGGGUCCUGUACAUCACGGAAACCGACGAGAAGAAAAUUAACCGCAUAAGGCAGGUCACAACGGAUGGGGAGAUCUCCUUGGUUGCGGGGAUACCUUCAGAGUGUGACUGCAAAAACGAUGCCAACUGCGACUGUUACCAGAGUGGCGAUGGCUAUGCCAAAGAUGCCAAACUUAGUGCCCCUUCGUCCCUCGCUGCCUCCCCAGAUGGCACCCUGUAUAUUGCAGAUCUAGGGAACAUUCGGAUCCGGGCUGUGUCAAAGAAUAAGCCUUUGCUCAACUCGAUGAACUUUUAUGAAGUUGCCUCUCCGACUGAUCAAGAACUCUAUAUCUUUGACAUCAAUGGCACACACCAGUACACUGUGAGUUUGGUCACCGGUGACUACCUGUACAACUUCAGCUACAGCAACGAUAAUGACAUCACGGCUGUGACCGACAGCAAUGGCAAUACCCUUCGAAUCAGACGGGACCCGAAUCGGAUGCCAGUUCGCGUGGUGUCUCCUGACAACCAAGUGAUAUGGUUGACCAUAGGGACGAACGGGUGUUUGAAGAGCAUGACGGCUCAAGGACUGGAGUUGGUCCUGUUCACUUAUCACGGCAGCAGUGGCCUCUUGGCCACCAAAAGCGAUGAGACUGGCUGGACAACGUUUUUUGACUAUGACAGCGAAGGUCGUCUGACAAACGUCACGUUUCCGACUGGAGUCGUCACGAACCUCCAUGGCGACAUGGACAGGGCUAUCACCGUGGACCUUGAGUCAUCCAGCCGAGAAGAAGAUGUCAGCAUCACGUCCAAUUUGUCCUCAAUUGAUUCUUUCUACACCAUGGUUCAAGACCAGCUGAGAAACAGCUACCAGAUCGGCUACGACGGCUCCCUGCGGAUCCUCUCCGCCAGCGGGCUCGACUCCCACUACCAGACGGAGCCGCACGUCCUGGCGGGCACGGCCAACCCGACCGUGGCCAAGAGGAACAUGACGCUUCCCGGGGACAACGGGCAGAACCUGGUGGAGUGGAGAUUCCGAAAAGAGCAAGCCCAGGGAAGAGUCAACGUCUUCGGCCGAAAGCUGAGGGUUAAUGGCAGAAACCUCCUUUCAGUUGACUUUGAUCGAACAACAAAGACAGAAAAGAUCUAUGACGACCACCGUAAAUUUCUACUGAGGAUCGCCUAUGACACGUCAGGGCACCCAACCCUCUGGCUGCCGAGCAGCAAGCUGAUGGCCGUCAACGUCACCUAUUCAUCCACAGGUCAAAUUGCCAGCAUCCAGCGAGGAACCACCAGCGAGAAAGUGGAUUAUGACGGACAGGGGAGGAUUGUAUCGCGGGUCUUUGCUGACGGUAAAACAUGGAGUUACACGUACUUAGAAAAGUCCAUGGUUCUCCUGCUCCACAGCCAGCGGCAGUACAUCUUCGAGUACGACAUGUGGGACCGGCUGUCCGCCAUCACCAUGCCCAGCGUGGCUCGCCACACCAUGCAGACCAUCCGAUCCAUUGGCUACUACCGCAACAUAUACAACCCCCCGGAAAGCAAUGCCUCCGUCAUCACAGACUACAAUGAGGAAGGGCUGCUUCUGCAGACGGCUUUCCUGGGCACCAGUCGGAGGGUCUUGUUCAAGUACAGAAGGCAGACCAGGCUCUCAGAAAUAUUGUAUGAUAGCACAAGAGUCAGUUUUACCUACGAUGAAACAGCAGGAGUCCUAAAAACAGUAAACCUCCAGAGCGACGGUUUUAUUUGCACCAUUAGGUAUAGGCAGAUUGGCCCCCUGAUUGACAGACAGAUUUUCCGCUUUAGUGAAGAUGGGAUGGUAAAUGCGCGAUUUGACUACAGCUAUGACAACAGCUUUCGAGUGACCAGUAUGCAGGGUGUCAUCAAUGAAACUCCACUGCCCAUCGAUCUCUAUCAGUUUGAUGACAUUUCUGGCAAAGUCGAGCAGUUUGGGAAAUUUGGAGUUAUAUAUUAUGAUAUUAACCAGAUCAUUUCUACAGCUGUAAUGACGUAUACGAAGCACUUUGAUGCUCACGGGCGCAUCAAGGAAAUUCAGUAUGAGAUCUUCAGGUCACUCAUGUACUGGAUUACAAUUCAAUAUGAUAACAUGGGUCGGGUAACCAAGAGAGAGAUCAAAAUAGGGCCUUUUGCCAACACGACCAAGUAUGCUUAUGAAUAUGACGUGGACGGACAGCUCCAAACGGUGUAUCUAAAUGAAAAGAUCAUGUGGCGUUACAACUACGAUCUGAACGGAAACCUCCAUCUGCUGAACCCAAGUAACAGUGCACGUCUGACACCUCUUCGCUAUGACCUGCGAGACAGAAUCACGCGGCUGGGUGACGUUCAGUAUCGGCUGGAUGAGGACGGUUUCCUGCGGCAGAGAGGCACAGAGAUCUUUGAGUAUAGCUCCAAGGGGCUUCUGACCCGAGUCUACAGCAAAGGCAGUGGCUGGACAGUGAUCUACCGUUACGACGGCCUGGGGAGGCGUGUUUCCAGCAAGACCAGCCUGGGACAGCACCUGCAGUUUUUUUAUGCUGACCUGACCUACCCCACUAGGAUUACUCAUGUCUACAACCAUUCGAGUUCAGAAAUCACCUCCCUCUAUUACGAUCUCCAGGGACAUCUGUUUGCCAUGGAAAUCAGCAGUGGGGACGAGUUCUACAUUGCAUCAGACAACACAGGGACACCGCUGGCUGUGUUCAGCAGCAACGGGCUUAUGCUAAAACAGAUUCAGUAUACCGCAUACGGCGAGAUCUACUUUGACUCCAAUAUUGACUUUCAAUUGGUAAUUGGAUUUCAUGGUGGUCUGUAUGACCCACUCACAAAAUUAAUCCACUUUGGAGAAAGAGAUUAUGACAUUUUGGCAGGACGAUGGACAACACCUGACAUAGAAAUCUGGAGGAGAAUUGGGAAGGACCCAGCUCCUUUUAACCUGUAUAUGUUCAGGAAUAACAACCCUGCAAGCAAAAUCCAUGAUGUGAAAGACUACAUCACAGAUGUUAACAGCUGGCUGGUGACAUUUGGCUUCCACCUGCACAACGCUAUCCCUGGAUUCCCGGUUCCCAAGUUUGAUCUAACCGAGCCUUCCUACGAACUCGUGAAGAGCCAGCAGUGGGAUGACAUCCCGCCCAUUUUUGGAGUCCAGCAACAAGUGGCGAGGCAGGCCAAGGCCUUCCUGUCCCUGGGGAAGAUGGCAGAGGUGCAGGUGAGCCGGCGCAAAGGCGGCGGCGCGCAGUCGUGGCUGUGGUUCGCCACCGUCAAGUCGCUGAUCGGCAAGGGCGUCAUGCUGGCCGUCAGCCAGGGCCGCGUGCAGACCAACGUGCUCAACAUCGCCAACGAGGACUGCAUCAAGGUGGCGGCCGUGCUCAACAACGCCUUCUACCUGGAGAACCUGCACUUCACCAUCGAGGGCAAGGACACGCACUACUUCAUCAAGACCAGCACGCCCGAGAGCGACCUGGGCACGCUGCGGCUGACCAGCGGCCGCAAGGCCCUGGAGAACGGCAUCAACGUGACCGUGUCGCAGUCCACGACGGUGGUCAACGGCAGGACGCGCAGGUUCGCCGACGUGGAGAUGCAGUUCGGCGCGCUGGCGCUGCACGUGCGCUACGGCAUGACGCUGGACGAGGAGAAGGCGCGCAUCCUGGAGCAGGCGCGGCAGCGCGCGCUCGCCCGGGCCUGGGCGCGCGAGCAGCAGCGCGUGCGCGACGGCGAGGAGGGCGCGCGCCUCUGGACGGAGGGCGAGAAGCGGCAGCUGCUGAGCGCGGGCAAGGUGCAGGGCUACGACGGCUACUACGUGCUGUCGGUGGAGCAGUACCCCGAGCUGGCCGACAGCGCCAACAACAUCCAGUUCCUGCGGCAGAGCGAGAUCGGCAAGAGGUAACCCCGCCCCCGCGGGCCCGGACGCGGGCGGGGCGCCAGCCGCCAGCCGCAGCCCCUUUGCUCGGAUUUCCCUGCAGCACAGUCCGACCGGGACUCUCCGACGCAGAAGAGCCUUCCGCCAGAAUGAUGCCGCUCUUAAACCCAGAUCCACACACAAACACAAACAGACCCCUUUUCUGAAUGACCUUAAAGGUGAUCGGCUUUAAAGAAUAUGUUUACAUAUGCAUAUCGCUGCACUCAGUUGGACCGAAGGUAUGAAUCAAAGGAACAAAUGACAAAAGAAAG